GUUGCUGCUUAUUGGGGGUCUGCCUCUCCACAGGCAAGCAGGCAGGCAGGCAGAUGCAUCUCAUCUCUGAUCUUCUGCAGUCAGAGAAACUUGGAUCUGAUCAGAGGGACUCUGAAACAAGCACAGAGAGGACGAGAGGGAGAGGGAGGUGACAGUAAAGAGGGAAUGCGUGGGGAAAUAUGUCCAAGGCUGUAAAGUGUUGAGAGGGAAGGUUGCAGAGAAGUGUGGGCUGGGUUACACCGGCACUUAAAAGACGCUCUCUUUGGCUCCUGUGCAUUUGACCAGCAGGCAGGGUGGGAAGGCUGAGAGGGGGGAGACGUGAAAGAGUGCAUGAGACAACAGCUCAAGGGGAAAGGUGCACUCUCACUUCAUCGGAGCAAGUGUAUUUAUAGCUCCUAACUCUUCCACUGUACAGUAUUUUCUCCUCCACUCAGUCUGUGGUGAAAGCUCGCCAUGGGCACUGGUGUGGACAGGUUUGUGUGGACAGUGCUCCUGCUGCUGCUGCCAGUCUUUGGACCCUCUGUGGCUCUCGAAAGCUGGAACCCAGGACCCUACACUGACAGCACGGAUGAAGCUUUACGUUUCCUGGACGACUACAACACCACUGCCGAGGAGGUGUUAUUCAACAGUGUGACUGCCAGCUGGAACUACAACACCAACAUCACAGACUACAACUCACAGCUUCAGGUAGGACAACUCCCAGGAGUCUUAAUCCCUCAUGCUGGUGUAAAACUGGUUAAUUCACUGGCACCUCCUUACCCAAAUUCACGCCUGGCCAAGUCAUGAAUUAAGGAUCUGAGCGCUGCUUGACUUGGAGAUCACCCCAUAUUCAUCAUUCUCCAGAAUUACAUGCUCAGUUUCCUUCCAGUGCAGCCAACUCAGCUUGUGUUUUACUGGAAAUCUAAAACAGAUUUGAACUCUCGCUGUGCAAACGUCCACAAGUUUUGAAUACAUUUCAAAGGGGUCUUGCGCUCCAUUAUGCUGGCUGUUGGUUUAAGUGUCUCUUUUAUGAUAUUUUCUGCUAGAUAAGUUUCUCCACCAGCUGCAGGAGGCACUUUUACACACACAGAUGGACUUUAUGGUCUAAAAUAAAAAUGCUUCACCUUUGCAGGAGUCCCAAAAUGAGGCUUUUGAGAGGCAAGCUAUGGGACAUUAGUUUAAUAGAAGGCUGCAAUGGUUUGACAGUUUCAUAUCGACAUAUGCCUGUGAGGCAUUUGCAUGAACAAUAAAGACAAGGUAGAGAAGAUAGUGGGAAUAAAAGCUGGAGAAAAGUCCAGCCAGGCAGAAGGUAAAAUGUUGCAGGAGCCCAUGAAACUACAGAGGUGUGACGGAAAAUUGACUUUCCUUCAGGCAAGUCAACAAAGUAAUCUUCAUGGAUGCUAGCAAACAUGCAAGCUUUCUCACUGCUAUACAAACUCUCAAGUGCAAAGCCUGUGUUUUCUUUUCUCGCCUGUGCUUAGACAGCUGUCACAACAGGAUUUCAGUACACUGUCCGGGCUCUUCUCCACAAAUCGAACAGGUGUAGAAGGAGCCCCCUCCACCCCAACACUGGUGUCAGCAGGGUCAGGCUGCAGAAUGUGAUCUGCUCUCCAGAAAGUGUCAGGGAUUUAAGGUGAAAAAGGAGGUUAGGGUUGUAUCUGCCAUGUACAAGUGCGAUGAUUUUUUCUCUCGAUGGUUCAAAGAUGGGAUCAAAGUGGAUCAGUACGCCGAGCUGCAUCUGAUGUGGCAGCCAGGGGGGAGCGGGGCGAGUCAGCCUGACAGAGAAAUACUCCAAUGUUAGCAUUCCUCAUGAUUUAUUUUCCACUACGAGUCCAUAACAUUCAAAUUAUGAAGACAAAUACAAAUGCUGGGAAACACACACACGUGCUCCCUCCUCUGCAGCUUUAGAGGGGAGGGUGAUACUGUUUCUGUGAUAAAGUGCAAAGAUCAAACAGAAUAAGGAUCGCUUUACAUGCUUCUAAUCAUGCUGAAUGAAAGGGAUGUGAGUGGAUAUCUGUGACCAGUGUCCUUUGAACCCGAGCAGCAGCCUUCGAGUCUCAGAGAGAUUUGGUGUUAUUUCCGGCUGCACAUUUUUUUUAAUAUGAUCAGUGGGUAAACUAAAAUUCAGAUAGCACUGUACUUUCGGAAACAGCAGUUCCCUUAUACACAUUGCGCUGAUUGCUGCUUGUAUAACACAGAGACCUUGAGGGAGAGACAAUCAGCAGAAAAAGAAGUCAUUUCAGUCUUAUCUUUACGGACUCUCUGUGGUGGAGAAUGUGAUUAUCUGGGUGUUGGCAGGCUGGAGAAAAAAAGUGAUUGAGAAAAAGACACAGUGAGAGGAAGAGCACAAAGGUCGGAGUUAAUACUUCAACUCACUGUCACUGGUUUUCCCUCCUGCAGCCUGUUAUUUUUAGUGAAGGCUGGGAGAAAGACAGAUAAGAUGGGCUUUAAUGAAAACAGGGCAGGACUGAAGCUCCAGAGCUUCUGUGCUGUCAGACUUUCACAGGAUGUGUUGAACAACUGGUGAGCAGUGAGUGCUUCACUCAUUGCUUUGUGGUCACAACAAUUUACUGUAAGGGUGUGUGCAAAAGUGUUUUUCCAAGCAGGACAGAGUGUAAUAAAUUUGAAUUUACUUCAUUUGAGUUUGACACAGAGUUGAAGGUUGCAGCCUCAUAGAACUUAUCAUUUUCUCAGGGGAAAAAAAGAUGCAGUAUGGAUUGCUUUAAGAAUAAAUUACUCUGAAUAGGCGCAAAUACACAUCCACUACUCCAUUCAAUCUCCAACAGUAGCCUUGACUUCAUCUAUUCUUCUUCUGCUGUUAUUAACAACUGAAGGUCUGCACAGUGUCCAUGACAUCCCAGCGCACCAUAAAAAAGCUCCUGACACUCACUAAGGCCUUAUAUGAGCAUGUGUAUAACAGAGGCGAAGACAUUUCUACAAAUAUUAUCCUUGAGCGAGGGUCAUUUCGCUGCUCUGUCCUUGCUCCUCAUAGACAAAUGGAGCUUUUUAUUGAUCCUAGAAGAAAGAUGUGCGGCUUCAGCUCACAAGGAAGAGAUUAUGUCAUAGAUAGAGAUAUGCAUGUUGUCGGUAUGUGGGUUUAAAAAACAAGACUGUGCAGAUAUGACAGAAGUGUACAGCUGCAUCCAUUUGUAUGUGAAAAAAUGAAUUUACUGCUACAGCCUGAGAUGACUGAUUCAAGUCUCCUUCAGUUACCUUCAUUGUGAUAAAUUUACCGGCUAAAGUGGAGCAGUAAUAUGACCCAUGUGGAGAGGGUUCACUCUUCGGCCUGUGUUUGAUUUGAACCUGUGGCUUUUUGCAACAUGUCAUAGCCCACUCUCUCUUCCCAGUUCACUUCUCUAUCACUCUAAAUCCAAGCAUAACAGCCCAAAAAGUCACUUAAAAUAAGGUAAAAGCUCGGACAGUAGAGUCAUGGAUGACACAACAGCUCCUGCAGAGUGAAGCAACGUGUUUUAAAUUUUAACGAACCUGAUAAACACUUCCUACCAUUGAACUCUUUGAUGUCAGUCCCCUGCAGUUCAAGAAUUUAAGAGACUUAUCGCAUCAAAAUUAAUGCCUCCUACCUCCUUUUGUCUUCAGGUAGAUGCAUCUCUGAAGGAACAGGCCUUCUCUUCAGCAUGGGGAUUCAGAGCAAAGGAGACUUUCUCUUUGGAAACAGAGAUGAAUCUCACCGCGAGCGACAGGAAACUGUUGGGGAAGAUCAAGAUCCUAGGAGCUGCCAACCUGCCCCUGAAUGAGAGACAGGAGGUCUGUCUCUGUUUUGGGGAACUUGUGAUCCCUUUUCUCUCAAUAUCAUCUAAACUCUUUUGAGCACAUGAUGCUGACUUUGAGUCUGUUUCACUCCUCUUCAGUACAACACCAUCCUCAGCACCAUGGACAACAUUUAUUCCACAGCCAAGGUGCAUCCACAGCCGAACGUAAGCUGGAGCCUGGAGCCUCGUGAGUACAUCCAGUGAAACAAAAGACCCUCACAAUGCAUGUACUCUCACAAACAGAUGUUUUUGAGUUUGCUGACAAGAACAGGAAAGGAGAAACAUCCAGGAGUGUGAAACAAACAGGGACAUGGAGAGGAAGUCUAGAAAGAAAAACUGUUGUUAAGUGCUUUAGAUCUUAUCUGCGGGGAGGAAAGUAACAGGAUGGGCAGAAUGACUUCAGAGAGCCCUCAAAAGGAAGCAUGAUGGAUGUGCCCAUGAGCGUUGAGUUAAAGCUAUUGAAACAGCAUGACGAUGGCUUUCAGCACCGCUGGCUUGUAAUGAGAACAAUGGCCCUGUGUUUUUCUUAGCAGUAACUGCCAGAACUAAUUGUGAGAAACAACUGGCAACAAAAACAAAGUGAGAGCUGAGAGCGAAAAAACUGGGAUUUAAACAUGAAAUGAGGGAGUUUAAACAUUCAAGUUUCUUAGUCUUGGAAGUGAUCUCAGGUGAGGACAAGGUUAUUCAAAGUGUGAAGCACAUCCUUUCACAAAAACAAACAGUCUGUCCAACAUAAGCAGCAUGCAUCUGUCUCCUUUUUCACCUUCAUUUCCCAUUUUGAAGAUAAAGGUUCUUAAUGACGCUCAGAGCAUCAUGGAGCUACCAUAAAUCAAGGCUAAUCUCUUGUUUGUGCUCAUUCUGACCUAAGAGAUCACUAAGUCAUCCAAACAUCACUACAUCUUCAUUGUUUUUAGAGAAAUUUCCAGCUUUUGUGUUGUAUUUUUUUUUAAAUAAAGACUUCGCCCUUUAUAAUCCAUCAUUUUUGAGCCUGAGGGUGUGAAAGGUCUGUCUUUGUUUUGUUUUUUAGAUCUUACAGAAAUCAUGGCUAACUCCAGGAGCUACAAGAGACUGCUGUUUGCAUGGGAGGGCUGGCACAAUGCAUCAGGUGUCCCCCUGAAGGAACACUACCCCAGGUUUGUGGAGCUGAGCAACAAAGCCUCUCAAGCUGAUGGUGAGGACUUCUGUUUCAACACACCGGGUUUCAAACAGCAAAGUAGAAACAAGAAAUGCUUAGGACCAUGAUCUCUUUUCCUGUAGGCUUUGCUGACACUGGAGCUGAUUGGCGUUCUUGGUAUGAGACUGAGACCUUUGAGCAGGACAUAGAGGAGCUCUACAGGACCAUUGAGCCCCUCUACAAGAACCUGCACGCCUUUGUGCGCCGCCAGCUCUACAAACAGUAUGGGCCCAAGUACAUCAACCUGAAAGGACCAAUCCCCGCCCAUCUUCUCGGUAAAACACAGUUUUAUAUUUCUAACACAUAUAGUCUGCUGUAAACCAGAAAUGUUUGUUUCAUGACAUGAGGGACUGUAUGAAAAUCCUUUUGGGGAUACUUUUCUCUCUCUCUGUUUCCUUGAAAGGCAAAUGAGAGUCCUCGAUUUGUCAAUGUCCAAGAUUUUUAUUUUAUUCCAAACUUUUCUGAUAAACCUUGAAGUUCAGUAGCUUCAUAACAAAAGGCACAUGAGUGCACCAAGGUGGGAUUUUGCAAUACUUUAUAAAGUUUUAUCUCUUGAUUAAGGUUUGUAGAACAAUAGAUUUUUUGUAUUGCAGUUAAAGGUUAACUUUGAAAUGAUUAAUUGUGACAAGUUGAAUUUUUAAAACUCAGUGUCUUCAGUUCGUCUUGAUUUGAGAGUUAAAUAAAGGCUAUUAAAUGUCAAGUCUUGAUUUUUAGAUUUAUCAUUCAAAUUAAUGCAGAACUGCAACACGAAUGAGGUUUGAAACUGUAAUAUAGACAUGAUCUAUAAAGUAGACAACUUCAGGUCUGUGGUGAUUUGCUCACUUCAAGAGCUCUGUGGGCUUUUGUCAUGUGGUUACCUGCUAGUGUCUGAUAAGCUGCACCUUAGUGUAGUACUUUGGUGACAUUUUAUAGUGAAAAGUGCCAUUCAAAAGCAUCCAUAUUUUUCAUCGCUGCAGGGCAGCAGGAAGCGUAAAGGUGUGACUUAACUACAGUGCGAGAAAAGGGACAAAACAGCAUCUGAUAAAUGGAAUGUAACACUCUAAUUUGAGACUUUAAUUGGAUCUCAAUCUAUGCAUUAAUGUUGAGAGCCCCCAGAUGACCAAUGUGGUGGCAAAAUGAACUUGUGAAGAAGAAAUGAAAUUUACAUGCAAUUGAACUUUUUCUACGUUGAAUUGAAAUGUUAUCAAAGAUUGGGUAUGGUUGCAAUACACUGAUCAGAUUUUUUAGCAAGCAAUAAAAUACUACCAUAUCCUAUUUUUGUUCUGUGAGAUUUGACUAUUCCCACAAGGUAAAGUAAGUUAAAAGUAAGUUAUAUAAGGGAAAUUAUAUUAGUUAAACCUUAUUAUUACAAAGAUAUCAAGGAAUAGAACCUUUAUUUGUUUAUUCCGGUAUGCAUUAGUCUUUUAGCAUAUACUGAUUUAUUCUAAGCUCCAUGAGUGGCCACAUUUACCUUAUCAAGACUGAAGGUACAUAAAUACUAUCCCAUGGGAACCUCAUCACAAGUAUUGCAUUUCUCAAUUGGAUUUUUACACAUUUUUAACAUUUUGUUCAAGGUUGUCCAUCAUAAGCUGAUUUUACAGUAUCUGCAUCAUUGUUUCAUUUAUGCAUUACCUUUAAAUUAAGACCAAGAAUUAAGAUCAAAAUAAUGAAAAAAACACCAGGUUCACCUCCCAGAACCCGCACCAACUAUUUUCCUCUUGCUUCUGAACUUUCAUUGUUUAAUAAUAUCCUGGAAAACUUUUAAAGAUGUAAUCAGGCAUGGGUGCUGAAAUCCUUACUGUGAAUGAGGCGUUUCCUAUACACUGCCUCAGAGCGGAGUAUCCCAUAACAAGAAUUGCCGCUUAAGUAUGUUUUGUUCCUCACUCGCAGGAAAUAUGUGGGCCCAGACCUGGAACAAUAUUUAUGGUAUGAUGAUCCCAUUUCCUGACAAACCCAACAUGGAUGUGACGGAUGAAAUGGUCAAACAAGUGAGUAUGGCGAUGAGACUUUUUGUGAUUUGGAUGGAUUGCAGGAAGGAAAAAUUAUUCUUUGGGUUAAAAAACCAAUCGCUUAAUCCCACUUUUACUGUAUUUAGGGUGAAGAACUUUAUGCAGCACUGAAUUUUGAUCUCUGUCAUUGCUUCCUUUUUUCAGAAAUACAACGCCACUCACAUGUUUCGCGUGGCUGAGGAGUUCUUCACUUCUCUGGGUUUGAAAGAGAUGCCUCAAGAGUUCUGGGAUAAAUCCAUGCUGACGAAACCCGAAGGUAGAGAGGUUGUGUGCCACGCCUCUGCGUGGGACUUUUACAACCGUAAAGACUUCAGGUAAAAUAAACAACUGACUCACAAUGAGGAAUUUAGCAAGUUCCCACUUGACUCCUGUUGUUCAUUACUAAAUUAUAUGCCCAAAAUUACACCUCCAUAAAACAACAAAUCUUUUUGGGUGACAGUUGGGAAACUCUUUUUGGGACUUCUACUCUUUUUAACACAAUCAAACGUUUAUGGCCACAAACGUAACACAAACAGUGAAGGGUUGUUGUUUGGUGUUGUUUAACUUAACCUUACUGUCUAAACUUCAAUUAAUUUCUGUAUUUGUGUAUUUGAUUAAACUUGAACUGACACAGCCUUUAAUCAGCCAUGGUGAUUUUUUUUUACACUUUUAGGAUCAAACAGUGCACCACAGUAACAAUGGAGCAGCUCUUCACCGUGCACCAUGAGAUGGGUCACAUCCAGUAUUACCUGCAGUACAAAGACCAGCCUGUGGGCUACCGCCGUGGAGCAAACCCCGGUUUUCAUGAGGCCAUCGGGGAUGUUUUGUCACUUUCUGUUUCCACACCCAAACAUCUGCAUGCUCUUAAACUGCUGGACACAGUGACAGAUGACUAUGGUAAUCAUAAUUUAAUUUCUAAAUUAGCCUCAUGCAGAACAUGAAUCAUACAGAUUAGCUUUUCAGUAUGAAGUUCACCAUCAUAAGCAAAAAAAAAAAAACCUCCCACUGUGUUUUUCAGAAAUGGAUACAAAUUACCUGCUAAAGAUGGCACUGGAGAAGAUAGCCUUCCUUCCUUUUGGCUAUCUGAUCGAUCAGUGGAGAUGGGGGGUGUUCAGUGGACGAACACCUCCUGACCGCUACAACGCUGACUGGUGGUACCUCAGGUAGGUCACAAGAUAUUUCAUGUUAAAAGAAUAGUUUGACAGUUUCAGGUAGUUUUAUUGUUGACUUAAUCGUGGGGGUUAAACUGGAAAAUUGGACAACACAUAAACAUACUUAUAGUACAUCAGUAAAAAGCAACAUCUAAUAGUGGGUUAGCUUAUUAAAGCUCAAAUACUGAUAAUAGAGAUAAAACAACUAUUUGCAAACUUGCAAACAUGUACAACUUUAUUUUCUUCACUCCUUGACAUCACCUUAUCUUAUUGAUCUGUUAUACUUCCUUCAAAUUUAGGUUCCCUAAAUUACACUUCGAUGAGAUUAAGUUAAGCUGCUCUGUAGAAACACCAGGAGACUUUGGUUGCAUUGGCUUGUAUUUAAUAACUUUGUGAACUUUGGGACAAAGAUGAUUCAAACCCAACCCAUUGUUUUUGGAGGCAACCAAACCUGACACAAAUCAGAUAAAACGAGCAUUGACUAAACAACUUUCCAAAAGUGGAUGUGUCAGAUAAAAACCUCAUGUUCUGAAAAUGUUUCUUAAUCUACUUUUAAAGGACAAAAUAUCAAGGCAUCUGCCCACCCACCAGGCGUACACAAGACCACUUUGAUGCUGGGGCAAAAUACCACAUCCCUGGAAAUACACCAUACAUCAGGUAAGACCUUGUUCCAGCACCAAGGAACAAACCUAACUCUAACCCUAACCCUAACUGAAUAAUGUAAACUGAGAGAACAUGCAAGAAUAGCUGGUGAGCUGGGGAUUAAGUGUUUUUGUGCUGUAAUCUGGACUGAAGUUCUGCUCUGGAUGUGAUUUAAAACUGUACAAUGACCCUCAAAUAACAGGAAACAAAGGCAGAAGGCUACAUUAGAAAGGCCUCAGAUAGUUUGUCCUCUUAACUAACAUUUCAAUUUGGUUUCGCUUUAAAUCAAAUGUUUUUGAGUUAUUUUGUAGAGUUACUGUAAUCCAGUGAAAAUAAACAAAAUAACUCUUUCCCCUGCAGGUAUUUCGUCAGCUUCAUUCUGCAGUUCCAGCUUCAUGAAAAACUGUGCCAAGCAGCCAACCAUACAGGUCCUUUGCACACAUGUGACAUCUACAAAUCUGCUGAAGCAGGAGCGAUUUUAGAGUAAGUGAUCUUAUAGCACCACUCUUGAAUUUCGUUUGUAAGAUGAAGCAGUGAAUCAGUGUAUGACUGCUUCAUUUUCCAUUCUCCAGGAAAAUUCUCAUGGCCGGAUCCUCCAAACCGUGGCCUGAGGUUCUUGAGGAUGCUAUAGGCACCAACAAGUUGAAUGCCAACUCCUUGAUGAAUUACUUUAAUCCCAUCAUUACAUGGCUAGAGGAGCAGAAUGAGGGCGAGACAUUGGGAUGGCCUGACUACAAUUGGGUACCACCCAUCCCUGAGGGCUACCCUGAGGAUAUUGGUAAGAUUUUCUCUAAAUAUGAUAAAAAAUCAACCAGACUGAUGGAAACAGGAGCAGAUUUUUGAUUUUCUUUGCUAAACAGUGUUGCAGUCUGUUUAAAGAUUUCCUCUUCAUGUGCACAAACAGAAAAGUGGUUAAAUUUUUCUGUGCAGGGCAAAACACCUAAAAAAAUUUAUCUGUUUCUUUAUCUUAAGCACACAUAUUGCAUCUUUCUUUUGACUCAGACAAGAACACUGAUGAGCUUGAUGCAAAGAAAUUUCUGGAUGACUACAACACAACAGCUGAGGUGGUUUGGAACGCUUACACUGAGGCCUCCUGGAAGUACAACACUGACAUCAACGAAGCCAAUAAGCAGGCCAUGGUGAGACCCUUUGACCUCUUUCACUUCAUCACUCAAACAUUUUCAGGUAUUAAUCAAAUUUGAAUGACUUUGGCAUGUUCUCUUAAUUUGUGCAUGUAGUCAGGGAUUUCUCAAUCAAAACAUGGUAACAGUACUUUUUAAAGUACCUAUCAGUGUGUUCUGCAAACGUCUAUCCAUCGACCCUAUAAGCAUUCGAAAAAAAAGAUUUAAAUUAGUCCAUCUUUUUUUCUAGCUUGAGAAAAACCUGGAGAUGUCAGCCCACACCCUGAAGUAUGGACAGCAGGCCCGUCAGUACGACACCACCGACUUCCAGGACGCCUCAGCCAAACGCAUCAUCAAGAAACUCAGCGACAUUGAGAGAGCCGCGCUGCCCUCUGCAGAACUGAAAGAGGUGAGGACAAAAACGUUUUAGUCUGACAAAUAUUAACAAGGACAGUGCUGCUCUUCAGCCAGAAAUAGCGUAUUAGUUGAGUUAAAUCAAAGUUGUCAGUUGUUGUUUUUUCAUGAACAUAGCACAAAGGCACUUCAUGGUGAUAAUGUGCCUUCACCUUUCAGUAUAACACCCUCCUUUCCAACAUGGAGACUAAAUACAGUGUGGCUGUGGUCUGCAGAGAAAAUGGGACCUGUCAUCCACUGGACCCAGGUGAGACUAAUGAAUAUGGACACAUGCCAGUCCUAAUUCAAAGACUUUAGCAUAGAAAUAAAAUCAAUUCUGUAGAGACUGUAUUAUAUGAGCCAUAAAUUCAGUACUUGCUUGUUGUGUUGCUGCUUUCAGAUCUCCAGAAGAUUAUGGCGGAGUCCAGGGACUAUAAUGAAUUGUUGUUUGCCUGGAAAGGAUGGAGGGACAGCGCUGGCAAAGUUCUUCGCCAAGAUUACAAGAGAUAUGUUGAACUAGCCAAUAAAGCUGCCACACUCAAUGGUAGGACCCUUUGACUAAUUUCACUCUUGCCUUUCAUUAAUUUUCAUGUACUCCUUUACACAAGCCAAAUAUCUAUUUUUAAACAAUUUAAUGAUACACUUGGGAAAUAUGUUCACACACUUUGUUACAGUGGGUCAUGUGAAACGUUUGAUUUUCAGUCUUAAUAUCAAACAUGUCCAAACAUACUUUUAUUAAAUUCAUGUCUUCAUAAAUUUAUGUAAUUUGACAUUUUGGUAUUCCCUGCAUUACAGGCUGAAAAUAAGCCACACUCAUGAAUGUUUCCAUCCCUGUCUUAAGGUCACACUGAUAAUGGGGCUUUCUGGCGCUCUCUGUAUGAAACCCCCACCUUUGAGCAAGACCUGGAGACUCUAUGGAAAGAGCUGGAGCCACUCUAUCUAAAUGUGCAUGCAUAUGUCCGUAGAGGACUGUACAAAAAGUACGGCGCAGAGCACAUCAACCUGAAAGGACCCAUUCCUGCUCAUCUGCUGGGUAAGUUACAAACAAAACUUUUAUUUUUCACAAAGCUGUGCUGUGUCUGAGAGGAUAUUUGGGGUUUUAAGCUGCCCUCAAAUAUUACUCCUUGAUUAUGCUGGCCUGACAGUGGUUGAGGCUUAAGGUACUUGGGCCAAAACUGCACCUCAGUCAGUAUUUCACUGAGGAAUGUAAAGGAUUCGAACACUCUAGCCCAAACUCCUUCCUGUGGAAGAGUACCACAUUGAUAUUCUGUCGUUGACUGCAGUAGCAUUUGGGUUUAGGCAGGAUUUAAUUUGCUUUCAGAGGCGUCAAGCGUGAGAUUGCGAGUGACAGCUCCACACAGUCACAAAUUCCACUCGGUCUAACCCAGGCAGAGCAGAGAUCUAUUAAGUUGUAAAAAUAGGAUGUGUGACAGCUGUCUUCUCUCCAUCCAGGUAACAUGUGGGCACAAACGUGGUCUGGAAUAAUGGAUCUGGUAAUGCCUUACCCGCAUGCUACGCAGGUUGAUGCCACUCCUGCCAUGGUAGCAAAGGUGAACAAACACAUAAAUGAUGUUACAUAAGACGGACCACAGCACACAUGAAUGCACACUUAUACACACAUGCACUCUCCCGACACUCACCAUGCAGCUGCUGAGGUCAGGGAUCAGUUGUUUUUGUAAAAAUUAAACUUAGAUGUGGUCUAAAGUGAAGGAUUGACCAGAAUAAGGAUAAAUAUAGAGGCUUUUAGAAGCACUGAAUAAACUAGCAGCCAUUCGUAACUGACAUGACGUGUGCUGAAUGCAUAAAUAGAUACAUUUUAAGGGGAAAAGUGUGUCAUCUCUGGUCCUUAAGAGCUGACACACUGUAAUUUGUUUACAUUUUAUGUAGUCAUCCAUUUUCUCAGUGUAGAUGUUUCCAAAUGUUUAAUAUUUAAUUGCCAGAAAAACUGUUUACACAGUGUUACUCCACACACGGGUCCAGAUUUUUACUGUUACUCUUUUCUCUAAUUCAGGGCUGGAACGCCACCAGAAUGUUCCAGGAAUCUGACAGUUUCUUCACCUCGCUGGGUCUGCUGCCGAUGCCAAAAGAGUUCUGGGACAAAUCUAUGCUGGAGAAGCCGACUGAUGGACGCCAGGUGGUGUGCCAUGCUUCUGCAUGGGACUUCUACAACAGGAAAGACUUCAGGUAAAGAAAAAAAAACUGGAUUACAAAACUGUCUGUCAAAAUCGAUGUAGAUAGACUUUAUAACCUUGUUAAAAGUAAUAAACUGACUGCAUCUGAUGCUCUAGUGCAGCUUUUUAAAAAGAUUUUAGGAAGUUAAUAUUGUACAAUAUUUUAUUCAAUGACACAUUUAGGGUGUGUGUUGUUUUGUCAAGAGCCUAUGACUUAAAUUUCAAAUAAUCUUGAGCUCAUUGAGUUAGUAGUCCUUAGUUCAAGUGGUUUAAAAGCGUUGUGCUUAACAUGAAACUAGAAUUUGGAAAGGAGCAAGCUCAUCUUACAGUAACAUACUGUGUGGUGUCCCACAAGGCUCCAUACUUGAUCUUCUGUAAUUUCUUAUAAACAGUAAUUUCCUAAUAUCAAAAGAAGCAUUUUAUUUUGCUAUUAAAAUAUUUGAAUCAAGUACAAUUUACAGAGGUUGAUAGUUUGCAUUAACAGUGUUCAUGAGGGGAUAGAUAGCUGGUUCAGAUACAAUAUAUUAUCUUCUUACCUUCAAAAUUUAAGCCUAAAUGAUGAUCUUUCUCAAACCACCCAGAGAAUUUUCAUCUCUAAUAAGCAUCUGAACAUGUAUCCAAACAAGCUUAACCGGAAGAAGUAGUGUUGUACAUAUCCAGUGUGAUGUUAGGUCUAGUAAUCUUCUUGUCUGACACUUUCAAGGGCAAAAAAAUUGAAACAAUAAAUCUGUUUCAUUUUGUUGCCUCUUGCUUUUGCAGGUUGCAUAAAACACACAAUUUCUAAUUCCAGUCUGCUUCAUAAACGGCUAAAGAUUUUUUAAAACGGUGCGAAACACAUGAUGAUAGCCUCAGUUGAUUCAGUGAUUACAUGUGGGUGUACACAUUAUACUGCUGAAACAGUUAUGACCCAUUUUAUCUUUAUGUAAACUAACUUUUUUUUUUUUAUUUCUUUGACGGGAUUUCCCAAAAGGAUAAAUAGAGUUGUAUCUAAUCUAAUCUAAUCGAAUCUAAUUUAAGCAAUGAGUGCAUGUGACUACUGCCGAAUAAAGUUCCAUUUAGGGCAGAUUUACAGAUGUUAUAACUCUGUAUGUACCUCCAGGAUCAAACAGUGCACUGUGGUGACAAUGGAUGACCUGAUCACUGUGCACCACGAGAUGGGACACGUCCAGUACUUCCUGCAGUAUAAAGACCAGCCAGUGUCUUUCCGUGACGGAGCCAACCCUGGCUUCCACGAGGCCAUCGGAGAUGUACUUGCCCUGUCUGUGUCUACACCAGGACAUCUGAAGAGCAUUGGCCUCCUGGACAAAGUAGAAAGCAAUCAUGGUGAGUUUUUCAAGACUAAAAGUCCCACACAGAGAAAUGACAAUAUCAUCAUGAGCAAAUGGAUCUGAUGUUUCUGCCCCCUCUUCUAGAGAGUGAUAUCAACUUCCUCAUGAGCAUGGCGCUCGACAAGAUUGCCUUCCUACCUUUUGGCUACCUGAUGGAUCAGUGGAGAUGGAAGGUGUUUGAUGGACGUAUCCCAUCUACUGAGUACAACAAAGAAUGGUGGAACCUCAGGUAAAGUCCCCCAGCAUGUCUUUAUAAACCAUGAACCAUUUUUUUAUCAGCUAUCAAAUUAAAAAAAAAGAUUAUUACAAAGCUGAUUAUACUUGAAGAUUUAUUGUUUAAUGAAUUGCUGCAUAAGUUAAUUAUACAUUUAUUUUACUACUUUGAUAAUAGCUCAGUUAUAUGGUUUCGUGUUCUGCAGGAUGAAGUACCAGGGUCUGUGUCCACCAGUAACCCGAACUGAGGAGGACUUUGAUCCCGGUGCAAAGUUCCACAUCCCUGCUAAUGUGCCUUAUGUUAGGUAAAUCUUCAUGACUCAUCAGAUUAAACAGGGCAACCGAUAAUUGAGCAGAGAUAGAUUAAAAACUGCUCUAUCAAUCACACAUGUUGUGCACUGAUAAGAUAAAGACGUUUUAUUUCCAUUUUGUGCUUUUGCUUAGCUGGCCUUAAAAAAUUGCCUUUCAUCCUUAGGAGCAGUAAAUAUGAGUUUGUUUGCUAUUUUUUCUGGUUCCUGGUGAUCCAGUCUUGAGGUAAUAUGUUUGUUGGUUUUCCAUCAGGUACUUUGUCAGCUUCAUCAUCCAGUUUCAGUUCCACCAAGCUCUGUGCAAAGCUGCUGGUCAUACAGGGCCACUCCAUACCUGUGAUAUCUACAAAUCCCAGAAAGCAGGAAAGCUGCUGGGGUGAGUACACUCACUGCAACCACUUUAAAUAAAAGACAAAAAAGAAAUCAAACACAACAGAUGAAUAAAAAGAUCAUAAAAUCCUCUGACAUGGUGGUUAUUUUGAAAAGAAUAGACUGUGCUAAUAACUGAGUCUAAUUUGAGGACAGGCAGACUUAUAGGCAGCCUGUGCAUGCUCUGCAGACCCUUUGUCAUCAGCUGUCUGAUGUACAACUCUGUUGUAUAACUUCGCAAGAUAACCCAAGUCCCCCCUUUUAGUGCAGGCUUUUGCUCUGAUAUCCUCCAAUAUGAUAUUUAACACAAACCGUAGCCUCUAAUACCCACUUACUUCUGAAUAUAUCAUAACAUUAUACUCAAAAAAUAUACAACUUAAAUCUGAUCAUUUUUUCAUAGAAAGUUAAGACUUUAUGCAAAAUCACAGUUCUUCUGUCUUGUGACUGCUUUUUGCAUAAAAUUAUUAGUUAAUUGUCAUAACAUCAACAGGUAACACUUACUCAUAAGUUUGCAAAUUUUUCUCUCAAAACUUGUUUGUAAUGAAAUUUUGCCUAUUUUCUUAAGUCAUAUAAAAUCUCAUAAUCAUUCCUGUAAUGAUAUGACUUGAUGCUAGAAAUCUCAGUUCUUUUUUCAUCAGUUGUAUCCUUUUUUUUUGUCAAAAAAAGAAGUAUGCAUAAAAAAUACACCUUAAAAACUAAAAACUAAGAAAUGAUCCUAAUUUUCAAAACUAAUCUAAAGAAGACAAAAAUAUUGUAAUGUCAUCCUUGAACAGAUCAUAUAUUACAAAUCAUAAAAAGUUCCAUAAGAAGGUAAGAAAUAGGAUUUCUAAAAUAGAAAAUAGUUAUUAAUUUCACUAAGUUUACAUGAAACAAUACAGCUAAACUGCAAUUUAUUAUAAGAAACGUGAAUCACACAAAUUGAUCCAUUACAGUCAUAACUGUGAGGCAGGCUGCUUGUAAAAACGGGAUUUAUGUCAUUUGUGUUGUCAUGUCUCUUUCCACUGAUCCUUUCUCCUCUCACCUUCCCUGAUCUCCUCUCUCAAUCAGCGAUGUGAUGAAGCUUGGCUUCAGCAAACCCUGGCCCGAGGCGAUGGCCAUGAUCACCGGCGAGCCCAAAAUGAGCGCCCAGCCGCUCAUGGAGUAUUUCCAACCUCUCAUUAAGUGGCUAGAGGAGGAGAACAACAAGAACAAUGACAUACGCGGAUGGCCUCAGUACGACUGGAAACCUGGAAGUAUGUCCAACACAUCCAAACAAAUACUUCCAUAGAUACACAAAUAAAAGCACACCCAUGUAGACAGGAAAUCUGUGUUAAAUAAGUUUUCCAAUUGCAGAGCCAAAUGUGUUUGAACUCUUUCCAAGGAAAAAAAACUCUGGUGCAAUGUCUUCACACAGAGGCAUUCAUGUUGUUUUUCUCCUCUGAGCUGAGACUCACACUGGAGUCAAUCUUGCUUUACUGAUGAGAUCCUGCAGCAAGAAGGGCAGCGCUUAGAUUGGAUUAAUGAGAAAUACAGUGAAGAAGAUAUAGUAGGAAAAAGAAAACAGCAGUUGCUGCGCAGAACAAGAGAAAUAUGAACAAGAAAAUAAUAUUUUUAAAAAAGUCACUUUUUAAACAUGUUUGAGAGCCUUAAAACAAACAUUUUAUGUGUCUCCUACAGCUGAAACUCCUACGAAUACUAAAGUGGACUUCCUGGGAAUGAGUGUGACAAGUCCUGCAGCUGUAGCUGGUCAGUGGGUCCUGCUGGUCCUUGGUGUGGUCCUCUUGCUGGCCACCAUCAUUUUGGCUUACAAAUACAGCACGACAAAAAAGCCUGAAAAGUCCAGUUCUAUGGUGGAGCUGAAGCAGAAGGACUAGAGAUGGAACACAGCUUUUUUAAGGUCUGAUUUAUUGUAGCUAGCACAGUGCCAACCUCAAUGUGAACAUCAGUGUUUUCUGUGUACUGUUCUGUACAUCUGAUCAAAUCUGCUCUUCUUUUUGGUCUGCCUCGUUAUCUGGUCUUGUACAUUUUGUUGUAUACACUUGGAGUUGAAUUAUUUUUGCCUAUGCAAAAGAUUAUUACACUUUUGUAAUUUAUUUGCAAUAUUUGAAUGUUUAGGGAGGAAAUGUUGUAAACGAAUGUUUGUAAAGUCAUUGAUUGUUUUGGAAUUUUUUGGAAUAUUUGAUUUUGUUUCUUUUUGUUUGACCCUCUGCAUUUCUACAAUAAAGAUAUUAAAUACA